CGUCGCGUCGCUUCAUGAUGAUAUCCUUGCCGAUUGGCACCGUGAGCCCUUUUUGCAUAUUCUGCACAAAACGCUUUUGCAAGAAACAAGGAUAGCAGUACACAGCAAACUUAUAGCGAAGGGGUACUGUAUGCAAGUCCAGUCCCCGCGACCUGCAGACAACACGUUAAGCAUUGCUGCCUACUACACUGGUAUAUUUAUCCAGGUCUAGGAACGUUGUUUCACAGAACUGUCUUGUUUGCACUCGAGUGCAAGGCCCCAGAUGGCGCGAGCCCGGGCAGAGACCGUGGCUGCAUCGCCUCGCGACAUGUUGAGCAAGCGUUCUAGAUGUCCGCGUAAUGUUGCAUUGGGUGUGACGCCCAGCCUGCGGGCUUCGCCAUCUGCGCUUGGUGUUGCGGAGCAGUCCCUCACGGCGCACAGCGUUCCUUCGUCCGCUGGUCGUCUAAGGCACAGUGCGGCCGGCUGCGCGCCGUCUGGGCUGCCAUGCCGGGCCGGUGCCGCGACCGCAGGCGUGCCUACGCUCUCGACCCUGAACGCGGGCCCCUCCACGCCGCGGCGCCCGCUGCGCUGUCCACCGCCCCAGGCCGGCGGCCGCGGCUCCGGCUUCGGCAGCGGCGGCGGCGCCACCUCGCACUCGCAGGGCCGCAUCGCCACCGAGGUCCGCACACCCGAGGGGCCCAUCCACUGGGGCUGCUACCUGUCCCGCCGCUCCACGCUGGAGGACGCCAUCGAUGAAUGCAUCGCCCAGAUCCGGCGCGGCAUGCGCAACGUGGGCGGCAGUAGCAGCGCCAGCGGCAGCGGCAGUAGCAGUGGCGGCGGCAGCAGCAGCCCCGAGCCGGAGCUGGCGAUUGUGUUUGUGUCUGCGGCCUUUGGCUCCGACUUCGACCGGCUGGUGCCGCUGCUGCGGGAGCGGCUGCCCUCGCUGAAGCACGUGUUCGGCUGCUCGGCGUUUGGCGUCAUGGGCGGCGGGCGCGAGGGCACGGGCGAGGCGGACGGCGAGCCCGCGCUGUCGCUCACACUGGCGUCGCUGCCCGGGACCGACAUCCGGGUGUUCCACACGCUGCGCAGCAGUGUGCCCGAGGAGGACGCUGCGGUGGAGCGCUGGGCGGAGUUUGUGGGCGUGCCGGCGGACAGCCCCGCCCCCUCACCUUCCGCCGCCUCCUCCUCUUCCGCCUCCGCCUCCGCCGCCUCCUCGCCCAAGCACACCUCGUUCGUGCUGUUCAGCGACCCGCGCUUCAGCCAGCUGUACAACAUACUGGAGGGGCUGGACUACUCCUUCCCGCGGGCCGCCAAGCUGGGCGGCAUGUUGAGCGUGGGCGUGCGCUCGCGUCAGCGCGCCAUGUUCGCCUGGAGCGCGGAGAAGGACGUGCGCACCCGCGUCAAGCCGCCCACACGCGCCACCCUAGGCGCGGCCGCCGCAGCAGCCGCCGCAGCGGCGGCGGCGUCCGCCGGCGGCGGCUCCGCCGCCGCCCCUGCGGCUGUCGCCGCGGCGGCGGAGCCGCCGACCGCCGGCUCCGCCGGCGGCUGGCUUCAGAAGUCGUUGAACCUUUUCAACAAGCUCACUGGCGGCGGCAGCGGCGACGGCCGCCAGCGCGGCGGCGCCGCGGCGGCGGGCGGCGCCGCCGCCGCCGAGGCGGACUCUGAGGAGUCGGAUGGCGGCGGCGGCGAGAUGAGCAACGGCAUGUACCUGUACGGCGCGGUGUGCCUGGUGCUGCAUGGGGCCGUGAAGAUUGACACCAUCGUGUCGCAGGGCUACCGCGCGCCCACGCCCAUGAUCUGGCGUGUGGAGGCCACCACCGCCGGCAUGGGCUCGCCCUCGCCGCCCGGACACAUCCUCACACUCAGUGACGCCAGGGAGGCGCCGCCCACGCCCCUGCCCCCCGCCGGCGGCAGUAGCAGCACCGGCACCGGCAGUAGCACCGGCCCCACCGGCACCUCGCCGUCCUCCUCGGCUACAGCCACGCCCGACCGCGACGCGGCCGCUGGUGCCGCCAGCAGUAGCAGCAGCGCCGCCGGCGCCACUGGCGCCGGCAGUAGCAGCAGCAGUGUUAGCAGCAGCGGCAGUAGCAACCUGGACUUCAAGGCUUUCAAGCGCGCCCUGGGCAACAGCAGCAGCGGGUUGGGCUUUGGCGGCGGCGGCUUCGUCACGCGCGGCGGGCUGGCUGGCUCGGGGCCGGGGGGUGUGCGGGAUGACUCGGACAGUGAUGAUGACGACGACACGGGGUAUGUGGUGGGGGGCGAUGAUGAUGACGACGACGACGACGCCAUCAUCAUGGGGGCGCUGGCGAGCAUGGGCGUGAGCGGCACACCCGCCAUCGCCGCCAUCAUCGAUGUGGUGGAGGCGCUGGGCAGCGAGAGCGCCGCCUGGGAGGAGGUGCUGGAGACGGCGGCGGUGGCGGUGGCGGCGGACACCAGCAAGCCGCUGGAGGAGCUGGGGCCGGCAGACUGGGAGAUCAUGGAGUUCAAGGGUGUGGACCAGGAGUUUGGCACCAUGAUGGUUGACGGCGAGGUGCGGAGGGGGUACCGCGUCAAGGUGGUGGUGCGCGACCCGGCGGGCCUGUCCGAGGACCUGCGCGCCCAGCUGCUGGCCUACAAGCGCGACGACCUGCGCCGCGUGCUGGCGGGGCAGCCGCUGCCGCCCAGCUUCGGGGCGCUGGUGUUCACUGACGUGGAGCGCACGCCCACCUCCUCGGGCGCCGAGCUCACCGAGUCCAGCACCAUCAACGCCUACCUGCCGCUGCCCACCGGCGGCAUGUUCGGCGGAGCCCAAAUCGCCCCCCUGCCGGGCGCCACCGAGCUGCUCGAGUACAGCAGCGUAAUCGGCGUGCUGCGCGCCUCAAACGCCCUACCGCCCGAGCCCCUGCGCAGCGAGGACGGCACCGAGCCCGUGGCGCAGCGGCAGCAGCAGCAGCAGGCCGGCAGCAGCAGCGGCAGUAGCAGCGGCAGUAGCAGGGGGAGCGGUGGGGUGAGCGGCGGGGAGGCGAAGGAGGGCAAGGAGGCCAGGGGCGAGGGGAGCGAGGGCGAGGAGGGCGGCGGCGCGGAGGGCGCGCGGCGGCGGUCGGGCGGUGGAGGAGGAGGUGGAAAGGAUGGCAAGGGCGGGCGCGGCGGCGGCCGGCGGGGCGGAGGAGGCGGAGGCAGCAUGCGCCUGCACCGGCCCGGGCGUAGUGCUUGAGACUGCAAGGAAGCGGGGCGGAGCGUGUGGCGCUGGUGCGGGGCGUCUGUGAGGGAGCUCGGGGAUGAAAGGGCUCGGGGAUGAGAGGGCUUGGGGGUGAGAGGGCUCGGGGCUGAGAGCAUCAGCCAACCAACGCACUUGCGACUCGACUGUUCAUUAGCCGCGUGUGUGAUGUGUGCGGGCUGCCCUGUUGUUCGCAUUUGUCGGCGUCCGGUUGGGCAGAGGACACUGUGUGCGCGUGUGGGUUCUUGUGGUGAGCCGUCGUGUUGUGUGAUGUUUUGUUCUUGGCUGUUUUGGCUGUUGCUCGCUUUGCGUUUUUGCUGCGCGUCCUUCGGAUGCGGCAUCCGCCUGGUUUGCAAGGCCGCGGAUGGAUUGCUGGCAUUGCCCCCUUUUGCGUCUUUCACGGACAUCUGAACCCCCGAAGGCACGCUGGCACGGACGACGUGCUCUCGUCAAAUGAUGUACUUGCGGAGCGUGUGUUGUGUGGCUGUGCGUGUGUGUUCGUGGGGGUUGAUAUUGUGCGCGUUUGCUGGCGUCGGCGGGACACUGGAGGAGUUGCGGCGCAUGCGCCAGCGCCCUGUGUGGGCGUUGUGACGCGCUGGCGUGGGAGCCGCGGGUCUGCAGGGGUUGCGUGUGCGUGUGUAAACGUGCAGCCGCUGCUGUCGACGGUUUGUAUGCUGGUGGGUUGGCAGGGCGGGCGAUGGGUGUCGCUGUGUGUGGGGUGAAGGUGGGGUGAAGGUGCAGAUGGCGGAGGAACUGGAGCAGGCUGACUGCGUGCAUGCGAGGUCCGACUACUAUGUGUACCAGGCGAGUUACGGUGUGCGGCGCACUUAACGUGGGGCGCGGGGUGCACAGGAUUAUUUUGCCGUUGACCAAGGUGCUUUCCGGGCAAACCCGCUGCUGCUCUGAGGCUGCUUCGAACUGCCUCGAGCUCGCCUUCGUAAGAUACGACCACUGAAUCCCAAGUCAUCACCCAACUCCGCACGGCGCACCCCGGCACCUUGAGAACUGUAAAUUACAUAACUC